AUGGCGUGCAACACCAAGUCAGAAUUUACUGAUGUUGCACUACCCUUGCUGACGACUGAAAUUGGGGCACUUCACAAGAAAAUAACUGGAAACAUUGUGUUUGACUGUUGUGCAAGUGUAACCUUGGUCCGAGGGGCAACUGUACAAAGACUUGGGUUACAAGGUAAAGGCAAACCAAUCAGCAUCGACAUCACCACUUUGGGUGGAAGGACCGAAACCCAUGUAACCAGGCUGCAUGAGAUCAACGUCUACCGUGGAGAAAAGAUAUAUAAAGUGUCAGCAGUAGAAGUUCCCGAAAUAACUACAGCGCCUCCACUACCUGAGCAGUGCAGAGAAAAGGUCGAAAGCCAUUUGGGAACGACAAUUAGACGUGGUUGUGGACAAGUUGAUAUACUUCUAGGUGUUGAUCAUCCUGCUAUGCAUGGCGGUAAGACAGAGAAAAUAGAUGACUAUGUCUUGAGAGAUUCUCCACUUGGCUGGGUAAUUCUCGGAUCAUCUAGUGAGGCGACAGCACGAACGUCCACUGUGCUACACAUUCAGGUCACCGACAAGACUGACCUCAGUGAGUUUUGGUUUACUGAGGCGAUGGGGGUGAGGUUCAAGAACUGUAACUGUAAGCCUUCAACUGACAAGCUGUUGACUCCAAAUGACCAACGCCAGUUUGACAAGAUUUGGGAGUCCUGUGAGAAAGUGGACAACCGAUGGCUAGUUCCCUACCAAUGGAAAAGGGAUCCAAAAGAGCUCCCCGACAACAAGAGGCAGGCAAUGGCGAAGCUAUUGUCCAUAGAGAAGAAGCUACAGAAAGAAGGGAACAACGCUCAACUGUAUGAUGAUCAGAUGAAAGAAAUGGAGAAAAAGAGAUUUUCGAGAAAGCUAACCACCGAAGAAAUGAAGAAGUAUGACGGUCUGGUCCAUUACAUCUCCCACCACCCAGUAAUUCGUCCUGAGAAAAAGAGCACACCUGUUCGCAUCGUCUUCAAUGCCUCUGCUAGCUUCAAUGGCCAUCGACUGAAUGACUACUGGGAAAAAGGACCUGAUCUCCUCAAUGAUCUCUUGGGGUCUUAUUCCGGUUCAGACAGUUUCCGAUUGCUGUGUCAGGGGACAUAG